AUGAAUUACAUUAAGAUACCAUCAAAACAUCGAAGAAAAACAACAAAAAACCAAUCUUCUAAUAUGAAAAUUGCAGACGUUGAUCAAUCGGAAACCAACAAGAAUAAACUUUUAAAAAAUUUAAACAUUAGUGAGGCAAUAGAAUCAUUGCAACAUCUAAAAAAUAUUCCUGUAAAAUAUAUCAAUGACAAAGAUACUACCUUUUGCAUUGAACAAAUUGGAGAGUUAAAUAUCUUUCUUUCAAGACACCAUUUUAAAGGAAUUCACAUGAACAGUACUGAAUUCAAUGAAAUUUUGAAACAAUUUUUUCUGAAAGGUGAUUACGAAGAGCAGAUGAUAUUUACCGACCUUUUUGCCUUGCUACUUAUACAAUUGGGUUCGAAUGGUCGGAAAAUUUUUGAACAAAAUUACCAACAUCUCGUUUAUUUACUUCAUGAUCCGAAUGCUUUGAUGACGAUACGAGAAAAAUGCGCGGAAACAUUAGCUAUUUCGGCCUUUGUAUCUUAUUGUAGUUCAUCUAUCGUAGAAAAUAUAAUGACAGCUUUUGAAAAAAUCUUUCGCAAGCCAACUGAAGGAUGCAAUAGAGCCGCGUGCAGAACAUACAGAAUAGAAACGUCUCUUAUCGUUUGUUCGCUGUCAGCCUGGGCGCUACUGCUGUCCAGCGAUAUGUCAUCUUCAAUCACAAAAACAGUGGACAAAGAGACUAUGAUUACCUUAGAAGAAUUACUGAGCAGUAAAAAUUUGCAUGUUAGAAUAUGUGCAGCGGAAGUCAUUGCGUUAAUUUUCGAGAGCAUGCCAGAAGAUGAAUUCAACUCGGAAGAGGAAAGUGCAUUGAAAUACUGGCAGAUUUUAAAAACAUUAUUGAUGGAGAGCAGUAAGCAUUAUACGAAGACGGACAGGAGUAAUUAUAAAACCGUUUUCAAAGACGUAAUACAUUUUCUUGAAGAUGGUAGUUGUCGUUCAAAAAAGAUAAUGGUAGGAAACGAAGCUAUUGAUUUAUCUAGCUGGAGAUAUAAAAAGCGAUACGAAUAUUUUUGUCGUUUCCUGAGCUCGGGAUUAAAUAACCACAUGCAGACAAACAAUACAUUGAGGAAAGCUUUUGAUUUACAAAAUUGCCCAGUCAGGCAAGAGAAACUAAAUUUCAAAGAGAGACAAAUUGUAAAUAACAAAAAGAAGCGGAACUUAAAAGCUGUUUCCAAAAUACAAAAGAAUAGCAUAAUCGCAAACCGAGAUAGAAAAAUGCAGAACCUUGAUAAGCCUUAA